AAGGCCAAAACGAAAAGAAUUAUGGCGCCAAAACGAAAACCUUCACUACCAAUCUCCAUCGGUAACUGCGAGAUUACGGUAGAGGCCAAUCGUUUCACCUGCUGCUCCGAUUCUGACAGUAUUGUAAUCUCUCUGCCCCGAAGCGGAAAGAUCAAAGUAUCAGUAGUAGGCGACGUGUCUGCAAAACACGGAAACGCUUCUGAGGAUUUCAGGUCCGGAGAUAAAGAUCACGAGUUUGUGCUAGUUAAUCCUAAAGAUGUUGAUGGAAUAAGCAAGUCCUACCUUCAGGAGGUAUUAAAGAUGUAUAUGACGGAGCUACCUGGAAUGAAUUAUGCUGCGAAUACAGGAAAACAAUCAAAGUUUCUUGAGAGAUGUGUGACUAAUGGGAAAUACAGAACACUACUUCUGAAAUCCGCUUCUGUUGAAAAUUCGGGAAAGGUUAUAGCUGCAAUCACAUACCAAAUCAUCUCUGCUGAUACAGAAUAUGCUGAGAUCCCGCUUGCAGCUGUCAAUUCAACCCAUCAACGGAAGGGUUUUGGUCAUCUAUUGUUUCUAGAACUACGGAAGAGACUUCAAAGUGUUGGCAUACGUUCUAUUUUCUGCUGGGGAGACAAGGAAUCUGAAGGAUUUUGGCUUAAACAGGGUUUUAUAUCAAUCGCACAGGUUGAUACCAAAGGAAGAGCCCGCAGGUUACCUGUAAAAGCUGAUAUUCGAAAAUCAUUAUGCUUUCCUGGUGGUUCAACUCUGAUGGUAUGCCACCUAAGGAAAGAAUUCUUAGCCGAGGAUGCUAACUCUGUGAAGUGUCUUCCCUCACAGCUUCAUCAGAAUUCCUUUACAUCUGCCAUUGCUGAAGAUGAGCAACUUGAGUUUUCAGGACAAUUACAUGUUGAUUUGAAAUUUCCAAAUAGAUCUUCCCAUAGGACAGAAUCAGAUAAAAGGGAACCUAAGGCCUUGGUGAAAGAUGGAUCCUCAAGAGAAUAUGACAAACUCGGUGGAUUUGACAGUCACAAUCCUAAGUACUGCUGCAAUGACAUUGUUCCUUUUUCCAAAGUAAAUGAUGGCCGGCAUGCCGCUUGUGCAGAAAGUUCGCAGGAUGGAAUUGAUGGUAAUGUGAAUUAUUGUUCGCAUUCUACAAAAGGUGCGAAGAGGGCCUGGGAGGCCUCUUUAUCCUCGUUGAAGUCAAAAAGAGUGAAGGGAAGCCAGUUGGUUGAUUGUCGAUCAGAUUAUAGCUGGGGGUUUAUCUCAGAAACCGAUAAGGUCAACCCGUGCUUUGUAGAAAUUCCUCAUGGUGAUCCUUCUUUGACGACGACGAAUUCUGAAAAAUAUACACAAGGUUAUUUGUAUUCAGAAGCUCCCAUCAACAAAGGACUUCUAUCGACUACACAAUGCUUUAGAAUUAUGUUGAUGAAUAUCGCUGAUGAUGCUAAGAAAACACAGCUUACAAAGGUGAUUGAAGACCUUGGUGGAACUAUUGUCGACGAUGGGAGUAUGACCACACAUGUUGUCACGGGAAAAGUGAGAAAAACUCUGAAUUUUUGUACCGCCCUCUGUUCAGGUGCUUGGGUGGUCUCAUCAAGUUGGUUAAAAGAAAGUUUUCGUGAAGGCAAAUUUGUUGAUGCACUGCCUCACAUACUGAAUGAUAAGGACUAUCUUCUGAAGUACAGAUGUGAUUUAAAAACUGCAGUUUCCCGAGCAAAAGCCAACCCCCAUGCUUUAUUUAAAGGGUAUAAUAUAUGUAUCGCGUCUCAUGUUCAAACUCCUGCUAAAACACUGUCUGCAAUUGUCAGGUCCGCAGGUGGUAAUGUUGUUAGCGGACUUGAGAAAGUAAAUCUAGCAUCAACAACAAUAUUUGUGACAUGCGAAGAAGACACAGAAGAAGCAAUGAUAGCUGCAAGGAAAGGUAUACAGACUUUCAGUAGUGAGUGGUUUAUGAACUGUGUCAUGAGACAAGAGCUAGACUUGGAAGCUUCCCAGUUUGCAGAGUCCUUAUGAGGAUGUGACAAGCCCAUUGAUCAAUAUGAUUCCCAUUGAUCAAUAUGAUUUGUUACAUAAAAAUUUCUCGCUGUUUUUAAGAGUCUCUGCGUUUCAUUUUUAUAAAUGUGACUAGUUUUGAAGAAAAAGCGUAUUAACAAAUUGACGAACAUCGAUUCUAUGUAAGUACGUAUCAAAGUUAGGACAAAAGUCAUUGGAUAUUUAGCUGUAGAGAUGUUAUCAUUCAAGUGAUCAUAAGAAUAAUUAAAAUUACCUUUAUAUGUGUUCUAUUUUUACAAUCAUAUUAUGUAAUAAAAUGUAUGCUGAUCUCAUAUGGUUAAAUGUAUCUAUAAGCAUGUGUUGGGUUCUG